UCAAACAUCCUCACGGGGCUGCAGGACCCUGCCGUGGACAACAGGCCAAAGCUGGAUCUCGGCUCUUCCGGCAAGAGCCAGCAGCACCAGUAUGAACUCAACAGCAAGAAGCACCACCAGUACCAGCCCAACGGCAAGGAGAGCGGCAUGAAGCACCAGUCCCACAGCAAAGGGAAGUAUUACUACCAGCUGAACAGCAAGAAGCACCACCACUACCAGCCGGACCCCAAGAUGUAUGAGCCCCAUUACCAGCCCAGCAGCAAGGAGCCGCAGAGCCAGGCCUGUUUGGACAGUAACAAGAGCCCCCUGGUCGCCCACCCAGACAAGUGGGCUCAUGGCCCAGCCAAAAACCUGCUGGGCCCCGUCAAGAACCUCGCUGCAGAGAGCAAGAACGGGGCCGAGAAGAACCUGUCCAGUGGUACCGGGCCUCCCCCCAGGGACAGGGUGACCAGCAAUGGCCUUGGGGGCAAGAUGAAGAUCGUCAAGAACAAAAACAAGAACGGGCGCAUUGUGAUCGUCAUGAGCAAGUACAUGGAGAACGGGAUGCAGGCGGUGAAGAUCAAGUCCGGGGAGCCUCCCCGGAAGCGGGCUGCAGAGGAGAGGACUCCUAAGAAGGGUGGGGAGGAGAAGCUGGAGGCUUGGAGGAAGCCAGGGGAGGAGGGGGUGGUUGGCAGCAACGCCCUGAGCAAAGCGGAGGGCGAUGGCCGGCA